AUGGCGGAUACUGCCGAACCUACGAUUCAAAAACAACGCAAGUCCGUCGCAUUCAGUGAAGGAACCGUCAUUAUGGAUACAAACGGCGAAGUCACACAGCAGCUGGAGAAGCCUAUCGAGGAGCAAGAAGACAAGGCCGUCGACGAAGUAACCGACCUAUUCAAGGGUCUCUCAAAAAAGAAGAAGACCAAGAAGCCCAAGGACAGUGAAGCCGCCGACGAUGAGUCCUCACCCGCUCCCGGCGGAGACGGCGAAUUCGACCCCACAGCCCUGAAGAAGAAGAAGAAGACGAAGAAGCCCAAGGACCCCGCCGACUUCGAAGCUAAGCUCGCCGAGGCCGGCCUCGCAGAGAAGGAAGCAGAGGACAAAGAGGAAGAGGUGCCCGAGGGCGACCUCGAAGCCGGCACGGGCAUCUGGGCCCACGACGCCAGCCAAGCUAUCCCCUACUCGCUGCUUGUCUCCCGAUUCUUCUCCCUCAUUCAGAGCCACCACCCCGAUCUAUUGUCGAGCGGUGCCAAGUCCUACAAGAUUCCCCCACCGCAGUGUCUGCGUGAGGGUAACAGACGUACUAUCUUUGCCAACAUCGCUGAUAUCUGCAAGCGUAUGAAGCGGUCCGACGACCACGUCAUGCAGUUCUUGUUCGCGGAAUUGGGUACCAGUGGCAGUGUUGAUGGAAGCAGACGUCUCGUUAUUAAGGGUCGUUUCCAGCAGAAGCAGAUUGAGAACGUUCUCAGACGGUAUAUCGUCGAGUACGUCACUUGCAAGACCUGCCGCAGCCCCGACACAGAGCUCAACAAGGGAGAGAACCGUCUGUACUUCGUUACCUGCAACUCGUGCGGAUCCCGUCGUUCCGUCGCCGCCAUCAAGACCGGUUUCCGUGGACAAGUCGGCCGCAGAAGAAGACAGGGUUAA